AAAAAAGCGUUAGAAGUUCAUACAUUAUUGCCAUUUAAUAAUAGAUUAAGAACAGACUCAUUAUAGGGGAAUGAUAGAUACAAAAAGUCCAGAAUCAAAGUGGGAAUCUAUGAGACAAGGCAUAUUAGAUAAAGUUAUAUUGGAUAAAGAAAACCAAUCACCAAAUAAAAAUACAGGAUUAGUAUUAAAUGAAGGACCGUAUUUAAAGCGUUCAAAGUCUUUUGGUGGGGAAAGCGAUGAAAAGUUUGUAAAGCCUUUGAUGGCUAAACAGGAGUCAAGAUCAACAACAUUGGGGAUGCCUAAUAAGGGGAUAUUAAAGACGUCUCUAUGUUCCUUAGAUUAUACACAUGAUUCAUCUUGUAAAAAUGAUUUGGAUAAUCAUACUGUUAUAGGCAUAAUGCAAGUUGCUUUAAAAGAUAAUGAAAAAGAUUCCGAGCGUAGCGAGACAAAGAAAUCUCAAAGACGGAAGAGUCUUAAUCGUCGUGUUAGUUUUGCGAAUUAUGCGUCUGUAAGAUUAUAUGAAAAAGAUCAGGAAUUUCAAUCACCUAAUCCUACUUUUCCAAGUAAGACUACACCAUCUUCUAAAGAAAAGUUUUUAUUGUCCCCAAUUAAACGAAACUUUAAAUCUAAGAAGUCAUCAGCAUUAAAUGAUUCUCCAAAAACACCCUCUCCUAUAAAAUGCAUUUCCCCUGUAAAACCUUCAAAAGCAUAUAUAAAUUCUCCUAUUCCAAUGCCUCAAGGACAAGAGUUUUCAGAUGAUAUAGAUCAUGUUGAUAUUGAAUCAUCAGAAAAUGUAUUUUUCUCUGAUAUUGGAAAUAACCAUGAAAAGGAGUUUUGCAAUUAUCAAAAUAAGGGUAUUUUUAAAGAUAUUGAUGGAGAAAUGACGAUGGAUUUGACGGAAGUGAUUUCUAAUCCAGUAUUUGAAAAAAAAAAUACUCAAAAAAUAGCAAUGGAUUUGGUAGAUGUUGCUUCUGAUUCUAUUCCCGAAGAAGGCGAUGUAGAAGUAACAAUGGAUAUAACUAAACUACUCCCGUGCUCAAUAUUUGAAAAAAGUGCUACUGAAGAACCAGUAAUUCAUUUAACCCAUGUACCUGACAGCUCAGUUGUUGAAAGAAAUAAUGAAAUAAAAAUGAAUUCAAUUAUAACUUUGGGGGAAAUUCAAAAGAAUCAGAGCAAAUUAUUUUUUAAUUUCCAGUCACUGUCUGAUAAAAAACAUAAUGAAAAAGAGCCAACCAUGGAAUUACAUGCAAUUGAUAAUGGAUCUUUAAAAAUUGACAAUCACGUAGAUUCUGAUGUAGUGGAUAUGGAUACUACUAAAGUUGUUGGAGGUAUUCUUAGGAAUUUAAAUGGGAUGGAUCAAAAAGAUGGAUUAACCAUGGAUUUUACAACUACUAUCGGGAAUAUUUUGACUGUUAACGAAGAAAUUACAAAGGAUUUAGAUUUUUCUUUCAACAAUGUUUGUUUAGAGAAGAAAUUGAAUAUACAAAGAAAGAUGCAGUCUAAUACGUUUUCUGGGUGCUUCUCUUUAGACGAUUUUCAUAAGCCUAUAGUUGUUUAUGAAGAUGAUAAUACAGUUGACAUGGAUCUAACUAAAAUUGCACCAUUAGUUUUGGAACACGAGAAUAAUUUAACUUUAAAAAAUGUGAAAGAAGAAUUUGUUUCGUUAAAACAUGAUAGCUUACCAAUGGAUAUCGAUAUAAAGAAAUCGCUUAAUACUGAAUUGAAAUCUCCUCAAAGGAUUCCCCGUAGUGGUGUUUUGGCUAUAGAUGCCCUUUUCGGUAAAAAUACAUUAAAUAAUAUUCGUAAUAUAAGCGAUACAGUUGUGCCAAUUCAGCUAGGAUCUCCAAAAGCUGCAAAGCUUUUGAAAAAUAGAAAAAGUAUAGGUUAUUUUGAGGAAAUGAAAUUAGUAGGAUUAGGUAGUCCAACUACUAAAAUUAUUGUGGGUAACAAAUUAACACGAGAAAAUGGAAUGUCCGAAUCAGAUAUUUUUACUGUAAAUGGCCUUAAUAUUUUGGAUCGUAUUGCUCAAUUAACUCCUAAAAAGAAUGUGCCAUUUCAAUUAACUCCUGAGAAGAACAUUAUCUCAUCUCAAUUAUUAUCUCUUCAUAAUAUUUCAAAAGACAAUAUUCUUGAGAAUUCUGAAUCUAAACUCAAAAGGAAUUAUGAAAAUACUUUAAAUAACACUUAUACUAUUAGUCCUACGAAAAAAACGUGUAAAAGUUCUAAUAUUAAAGAGUAUUCAGAUCGUUUAAUCGAGACACAUGAUGAAGAUAAUUUUUUGCCUUCGAUAACUUUAACUGAAUUUUUGAAGAUGACAUCAAUAUCUUUUUUGGAUGGUCUUACUACUACAAAACGAAGAGAGACUACAUUUUUUCCUUAUUUAAAUACAAAUCCUCCAACUUUAAAAGAAUUAGUUUAUACUUCAUCUCUUACGCUUCCUACUCUUGAGCUUUAUCAAUUUAGUUGUAAAGAGCUUCAAAAAUAUAUAUCAGAAGGGAAAGAGGUUGUUAAUAAAAUUGAGAAAGAUACUUCUGAAGAGAAUCCUUUACUUUUUAGAGAAUAUAUCUAUGCUUCUCAUGAUAUUCAGGUUAUUAUGGUCGGGCAAUUUAAAUUACUUAAAAAUUAUUCAAGACUUUAUGCUAAAAGUGUAUGGUAUGAUUGGAGGGAUAAAUUAUUAUUAGGUUUGAAAGAAGGGUUAGAGAAAAAUUUGGAAGGAUUAAAGAAGGAUGAAUUAAUAAUUAAUGAGUCAAAACCCAUUUUAAACACAUGCUUUCCUCUUAUAAAACAGACGUAUGAAUCUUUGAAAGAAAAAAUAAAACAUAUGAAGGCUAUUAAGGAAGAAAUUAGUCAGUGCGAUCAAAAAGAAUUAAGAAAAGUUCGCUCUAGUUUAUUUAAUAUUAAUGAGGAAUUACAAGGUGAUACGGAGGAUUUUGAAAAACUUAGAAAAUGCAUAAGUGAAAUUGAUGAUAGAUUACAUGAGUUAUCUGAAAAACAAGCAAAAUUAAAUCGAGAGAUAGAAGAAUAUAAAAAAGUUAUGAAAGUUAACCGUUGUUUUGAAAAAGGCGAGAUUGAAAAUAUUAAGAAAAUGUUACAAAUUCUUAAAUCUGUGACGGGGUGGGAAGUAAAACGUUUCUUUCAUGAUACUGUAGUUUUUAUAUAUUUAGAUACGAUUGAAACUACAUUUAAUUUUAUUAAAAAUGAUGCAUCAAUAAAAUGGAAUGGAGGCGUAAAAGACAAGGUUAAAGAAUUUUUUUUUGAUUAUUUAGAAAAAAGAUUAAAAAGUUGUACAGUUAAAGAAGCAUUGUCACUUAUAUGUCGUAUAUGGUAUACGGCAACUUUAAUAUGGUCGGAAUUUUGCUUACUUAAAAUCCGAUACCCUUUAUUGUAUAAUUUAACUAUUGAAAAUGAUCAACCAUUAUUACAAGUGACUGCAAAAGUGUUUUUGCCAUCGUCUUUUUCGAAAUUUUAUGUAACCUUUAAACUUCGACACUCAAUUCUUUAUGAAUAUCCUAAUUUAAGUAAUUAUGAUUUAAUAGAUAUUCACAUUAUUUAUGGGAAUUCUAAUACUUCUAAAAUAUUGAAGACUAUACUGGAAAAAAUCUCAGUUGGAGGCAUAAAGGCGUUAAGUUUUGUAUGUAACGAAUUUUAA